CGGUGUGUUGUGGACUCGUGGUGCUGGCUGCCGCUGUUGAGGCGGCCUGGAACGGGCUGUGGGGAGCGGGCGGAGUUGGCCCUGCUUCUGCCUGGCCAGCGCCGCAGGCGGCGCGGGCCGUGCCCGCUGCCGUCAACUGCCCGGAGUGUCUGCUGAGGCCGAGGGAGACGCCGGGGCCUGUACCUGGAGAGAGCCUGCCGUGCUGGCCCGGAGGAGGGGGCGUUGCCAUGGCGACAGCCUCUCCGGCAGCUGACGGGGGGCGGGGGCGGCCCUGGGAAGGAGGGCUGGUCUCCUGGCCCCCUGCCCCUCCCCUUACGCUUCCCUGGACCUGGAUGGGCCCGAGCUGGGGGCAACACCCUGGGCAUUGGGGCUUUCCAGCUCUCACAGACCCUUCAGCAUCUCCAGCUGCCAGUCUUGGCAUCUUCGAAGUAAGAAGAGUUUUAGAUGCCUCUGGAUGUUCAAUGCUAGCACCUUUACAGACUGGAGCAGCUCGAUUUUCUUCAUAUUUACUUUCAAGAGCAAGAAAAGUGCUGGGCUCCCACUUAUUUUCUCCCUGUGGUGUUCCGGAGUUCUGUUCCAUAUCCACCAGAAAGCUGGCGGCCCACGGCUUUGGCGCAUCAAUGGCGGCAAUGGUGCCCUUCCCUCCCCAGAGGUAUCACUACUUUUUAGUGCUGGACUUUGAGGCCACGUGCGACAAGCCACAGAUUCAUCCUCAGGAAAUCAUUGAGUUCCCCAUCCUGAAGUUAAAUGGCCGGACCAUGGAAAUUGAGUCUACCUUUCACAUGUAUGUCCAGCCUGUAGUCCACCCACAACUUACCCCCUUCUGUACAGAGCUCACCGGGAUCAUUCAAGCCAUGGUGGAUGGCCAGCCAAGCCUGCAGCAAGUGCUGGAGAGGGUCGAUGAGUGGAUGGCAAAGGAAGGCCUCUUAGAUCCAAACGUCAAGUCAAUCUUUGUCACCUGCGGAGACUGGGACUUGAAAGUCAUGCUUCCAGGCCAGUGCCAUUAUUUAGGCUUGCCAGUGGCGGAUUACUUCAAGCAGUGGAUUAAUCUUAAAAAGGGCCAGCUACCAGAGUCCAGCAUAGCUCCAAAUCCAUGUGUCCUGCACAUUUCCUGUGGCCUAGUCCAUCACUCUGAGAGACCCUGAGCCUCCUGAAGAACUGACAGUCUGAAUCUGAUCUGCUUUCACAGAACUAGAGGGCAGUGGGCAAUCUCAGGAGCCACACAGUGUCCAUACUAUGGAAGAGUGACAGACUCUUUGGGAGAGGUGGGACUUGGCUGCAGGAGCAUGCCAGGAGGGAUCAGUGCUCCUGAACUGGCUAUUAGGGAACUCAGUCACUCUGCCUUCCCCUUGGGUUUGGUUUUUGUUUUCCCUUCUUUUACUUUGUUGCUACUCUAGACCCUGAAAACUGGGGGGAGUUGUAGAAAAAUCAAGGCUGGAAUUUCAGGAGGCACAGUCCUACCUCCUAUGUGCCUGUCAUACUGUCCUGCAGGUCCCCUGCUGAAGGUAGACUUGAACAUGGCCACUAGUGUUGGUACAAAUGAGCACUAGUGCACUGGGUACAGGAUCCUCACAGCUUCUCACCGAGGAGUGCUAGGCCCUGUCUUAUGGUGCUGAAGGAGAAACUUAGGUUAGGAAGCCUGCCUGAGGUCAUGUGACCAGGAAAAUUUAGCUCUUUCCUUCCUUAGCUUUUGUCUUGUCACUUGCCCAGUAGCAAAUACUACCCGAAGGCAGCUCUGCUAUCUGUCUUGGUUUAAGCUGGAUACAAAUGCACAGCAGUCACCACAAAAUUAGAUAAUCAGUAAAAGUCAGAGCAUUGGAAUUGGUCUCACAUCCCAGUCCCUGCAGAAUGAUACCUGUUUAAUGGGGACUUUUGAG